AUGCGUUUAGAUCCUCAUGGAGAAGCGUCCACCUUCCCAAGAAGAGCAGAUUUGCCCCACAUAGCUGGUACACCAGAAGACUCUGAGUGGUUCUGGGGAGGCUCAGAUGAGCUCGGUCGACUGAACCUCCUUACCGCAGAGCGUAUCCGCAAGGCUACCAAUUCCGUGACAACAGGGCAUGUUGUAUCUUUGAACCUUCCAUUGAACAUACCCGAUCCAGCCCUUUUUGGAAGAAAAGGUCUUCAUCACCAGAUUCACAAACUUGGACCAGGAGCUUUCAACGACGACCAAUUGACAUACAAUACGCAAUCAAGCAGCCAAUGGGACGGUUUUCGCCAUUUCGCUGAUCCAAAGAGUGGUUUCUUUUACAACGGGCUCAAAACUGACGAUCUCUCCCGAGAAGAAGGCGAUGACCUCUCCUUGACAACCCGACUUGGAAUCGAUGCUUGGGCGAAAAGAGGCAUCGUCGGUCGUGGCGUCCUCCUAGAUGUUUAUGGCUGGAAAAAGGAGUCCUAUGACCCAUUUACCGAUCAUCCGAUCACCGCUUCCGACUUAAGUGAAUGUGCCAGGUCACAGGGUGUAAACUUCGAAACUGGUGAUAUUCUGCUCGUUCGAACAGGCUGGUUGAGCCGAUACGCAUCCUUGAACGCUGUUGAAAGAGAGAAGCGGGCAGCAAUGGAUGCAUUCGAACAGAGUUACUCAGGACUGCAGGCCUCAGAAGAUAUGAAGGAUUUCUUGCACGACAACUAUUUCGCAGCCGCGGCGACCGAUUCGGCCAACUUCGAGGCGUGGCCGUCGCCAAGUCUAGAGAAGAGUCUCCACGCUACUUUGCUUCCUCUCUGGGGCAUGCCAAUUGGUGAAUUGUGGCAUUUGGAAGAGCUUGCUACGGCAUGUAAAGAGCUAGGACGUUGGCAUUUCCUGCUUACCAGCUCACCUGGGAAUGUACCUGGCGGUGUUGGUAGUCCGCCCAAUGCGUUAGCAAUACUGUAGAAACAAGAACAGAAAGGAGCACGCUGACAAACUUUCAUACAAGAUUAAAU